UCCCCUCCCUCCCCCCCUCCCCCAGCUGAGCCAGGUCCGGGUUGGGCGCAGGGCGGUGGAAGCAGCCGGAGACGUCGGCCCCGCUUGUGCGUUUCCACUCCGGCCAUCAUUACGCAGAGUCGAGGCGCCCCGGGGUGGACCUCGCCAUGGCCGCGUCCGUGAGGGAGAGAUUCGACAAGUUCCUGAAAGAGAAGAACUGCCUGACAGACGUGCUGGAGAAGAUCGAGAGCAGGACUGGGGUGAACAGGUUAUACAUCGCCCUCGCCAUUAUUGGUGUGCUGGCCAUCUAUUUGGUAAUCGGCCAUGGAGCGUCCCUGCUCUGUAACCUGAUCGGCUUUGCUUACCCUGCAUACAUCUCCAUCAAGGCCAUUGAAAGUCCUAACAAAGAGGAUGACACACAGUGGCUGACCUAUUGGGUGGUGUAUGGCAUCUUCAGCAUAGGAGAAUUUUUCGCCGACAUCUUUCUCUCCUGGUUCCCUUUCUACUACAUGAUGAAGUGCGGUUUCCUGAUAUGGUGCAUGGCCCCAAGUCCCUCAAAUGGAGCAGAGUUCCUGUACCACCGAAUUAUCCGCCCUAUCUUCCUGAAGCAUGAGAAGAAGCUGGAUGGUGUAGUGAAGGAUCUGAAAGACAAAGCUUCAGAUACAGCAGAUACAAUUACUAAAGAAGUCAAGAAAGCAACAAUAAAUCUACUGGGAGAGGAAAAGAAAAGCACCUAAAACUGAAAGAGACGUUUCUUCAUCCCAUCCCUUGCGCAGCUUGAUAUUACUGGGGACUGUGAUAUAGUGAUCUGAAUAAUGUUGCCUUGGAAACUUUUUUUUAAUUUAAUAAAGGAAUGUGUUUUUAAUGUUGCUUGCUCUUUUGCAGUUUGCUGUAUUAAAAGUAAGCAUUUUUAUGUCAAACCAGUACAGUGGGUGCCAUCUGAAGCUUAUGCAGGUUAGUUUAUUUGUCUCCUAAGCAAAGAAAGGUCUUUCAGUAAUGUCUUGUCUUGCGGUUAACGUAAACAUAAAUAAAUAAAAUAAUCCCCAGGCUCUGAUCAUUACACUUUCUGCAUGCAAUGUCUGUUAAUAUUUGACUGGUUCUUGCUGUAAUGUACAGUUUUUUUUAAUCAAAAUGUGAUGAUGGUGAUUUUCAGAUGAAUGCACAUAUGCAGGGAAUAAUGAUCAGAAAGAUGCAUGUGUUAGCGUGUAUCCUCUUUCCCAUACCCAACAAUGUAAAGGUGAAGGAUGGUGUAGAACUGCUGAUAUUGUCAAUUGUUGUGUGUACCACUUGUAACUUGCAGUGCUUUGGUAGAUGUAUUUGUGGGAGAUGUCCUUAAAACGCAGUGAAAAGAACUUUGCUGCUGCUGACAACAUACCUUAAAGUUGUUUGCUGGAGCUGGAUGCACAGAGUGGCUGCUGAUAAAUGAGAAGUGAAAGAGGGAGCGUUGCCUCAAUACUCUGUCGGAUUCCCAUCCUACUUCGUGUCAGAGGGUGAGCAGUGUGGAAUGCCUAUCUUGUAGGGUGGCUCUCAGUCACAUUGCAGUGCAUGGCACCAGCUAAGGUUUCCCCCCAAAAGGUAACUAAAACUUAUUCUGCUCUUUGUGGAGGCUUCACAUUAACGUGGCCUCUGUCCAAUCAGGUGCUCUUCAGCCUUGUCUACUUUUCACUCCAGGCCUUAAGCUUUAGCCUUCUAUUGGAAGUACGUGGCUUAAACAGGAAACAAGUGACUGACACUGUCAUGAAAGGGGUAGUAAUACUGUUAUGCAGAAAAUAUUAAGUUGUUCCCCAAUUUUUUCUGAUUUUUUUUCUGAAGCCAGACUUUUUAUUUUUAAAAGCAGCUUUGACUGUAUUUUGCCUCCUGCUUGCUUUAAAAUGAGACUGGGUCUCCAUGUAUCAUUCACCAAUUGCUGUGGGGCUAGUCAAGGAAUCCUCCCUGAAUUAACAGAAAGGACUAAAAUAGUUUUUUCCAAGUCCUUAUUUCCAGCAAAAUUGGAUUGACCAAACCGAAGCCACCUGUUAAUGCCUAGGAGGGGCAUUAUUUCAGUUCAUGAGCAGAUAUUUAAAAACUGCCUUGCUGUUCCAUACCAAAGAACCAUCUUGGUCAGCGCUGCAUUUGUACCUGGCCAGUUCAAUGCCCUUGGAAGAAAUUCUGCUGUUGGAUUCCACUAAUCACAGAGAUUCAGCCUUUUUGUGAAAAGUGGAGAAUCAGCCUGACUUCCAUUAAUGUGUUCUGUAGUUGACACAUAUUCUGACCAUUAAUUCCAUAGUAAGGUUUUGCACCAUAGUGAUGGAGGACAAAACAGAAGUGCUGCUUCUGAUCUAGGCUGGUACACAUAAUAAAGUGUGGAGAGGACAAUUUAUCUCCUUUAUUUGACUUGAUUCUCAUAGAUUCAGCGGGUGGAUUCUCAUGGAAUGUUUUCCUCUAUCACACUCAUCAUAACCUGUAUUUGACAUGAAAACAUGGCCUUGUUUGCUUUACACAAAAACGUGGGCUACAUAGCAGAGCACUGCAUGUAGAGGAAGAAACCACAGGUACCCAUUAAGAAAACAACCCGUGCUUCAUUGGACUGAGCGUGUUUUAUAAACUUCUUCGUUGCAUUCCUUCUGUUCAGUUGAAAGAGCCUGAAAGUGCUGUUACUGCCUGUUUUAUGUGAAACAUUGUACUGGGAAUGUCAGUCUCUCCUCAGAUGGAGACGCAGCUUAGCUACUGCAGCAGCUGCCCUUAGCAGGUGUGGCUAGUUUGGAAAUGAUUUGUGUCCGCCCUUUCUGUAGAGCCAUGGAGCUGAAAAACAAUGUCAGAAAAGUGCAGCAUUUAAAGCCAGUCCAAAAAAAAAGCUUUAAAAAUGCUAACAAUUUAAACAGUAGAACAAUCACCUUGCAUGCAUUCUGUGGGCGUUUAUUUCAUUUUUAUGUGCUCUGAAUAAUUUUUUUGUAAGGUAGUUCAUGCCAUGGUGCCAUGUGAUAGAUCUGCAAGGAAAUCAUGAAACAGAAUGUGCAAAGCAAGUGAACUUUCAAAACAUAGCUUUCUGCCUUAGGGAUGGUUACUCUUUGUUGGGAGAGAUUAUCCACAGCUACAUGCAUUGGGUUUACUCUUCAGGGCAUCAGAUUCUGAUGGGGUGUAGUACCCUUGAAGCAGUUUAUCCUUCACUUGCAAAUAACUUAAUUGGAUUUGAGUAAAAUGUCUUUUUACCUGUGGCAAGUGUUGGAAAAUUAGUAUGUCUUAGCCAACCUGUGCUGACAAUGUAAUGUAUUUAGAAGAACACGUACAAAUAAAGAAUAAUGUCUGA